UCCAACAGGCGGCCUCGAGGUGGGCGCUCUUUCCUCCCGGCUAAAGUAUCUCCACCAUCACCGUCAUUACCACACUACCCGGGAUGGCGUCGCCUGGCAAAUGGGAAAUAGUCAACAAGAAAAAUAAGAAAGCCACUUUGACUAGAAAUGAGAAGAAGUCGGCCCGGAAAGCUCUGUCUGAGAACAUGCCUCGGAUAGAUCCAGUCCCUCCUUUGAAACCAUCUGAAACUCUUUUUGAGCUUGGAUUUGAAAAGAUAGGGAAGAAACAAAACAAAGAGCAAGUUCCUCCAACAUCAUCUCCUGAGAACCAACAGCUGAGAUCUUUCUCUGGAGGAAAGAUGGUCAAAAAAUCCUCUGGUGAUGCAGGGUUGAAGCACAAGCGUUUUCCUUCUUUGGAGACUGCUGUUAAAGCUCUUGACUUGAAAGAACUUCAGGAGCAGCUGGACAAAAGCCAGAAUUUGUUUCCUGGAAAUCCAUCUGUCUGGGUGAAGGAUUUGGCUGGAUACUUGAAUUAUAAGCUACAAGCACCAGACACUGACCCUACUCUCAGUCAAUAUUCAUUUGACUAUCCAUACAGUCUUGCUAACAAGGAACUUCGGAAUGUUAUCAAAUCUCUUUUGGGAAAAACGUCAGACCAUUUGGAGCACUUUUUCGACCAUUGUAUCUAUACUAUGUUACGUGAACAAGAUAAGGCUGCAGGCGAGUCCCUACAUGGCUACAGAAUUUGCAUUCAGGCUAUGUUGCUAGACAAACCUAAAAUUGGAACAACGAAUCUUGGAAAGUAUCUAGAAUUGCUGAGGUCCCAGUACAAUAAACCAAAUAAAUGCCUCAGCAUCAUGUGGGCUUUGGGACAAACUGGGACUGAUUUAGCAGAAGGAUUGAAAGUGUGGCUUAACAUCAUGCUUCCUGUAUUGGGUGUCAAAUCUCUGUCUGGUUAUGCAAUUAGUUAUUUGGACCGAUUGCUAAUGAUGCAUUCUAAUCUGUCCAAAGGAUUUGGAACAAUUGGACCAAAAGAUUUUUUCCCAUUGCUGGACUUUGCUUACAUGCCCAACAACUCGCUUUCACCCAAUUUACAGGAUCAGUUACGCCAUCUUUAUCCUCGGCUGAAAGUGUUGGCUUUUGGUGCGAAACCUGAUUCUAUACUACACACCUACUUUCCCUCUUUCUUAUCAAGAGCAACUCCCAACUGUCCUCCAGAGAUGAAGAAAGAGCUCUUGAAAUGUAUGGUUGAAUGUUUAACUACAGAUUCCAACAGUUUCAGUGUAUGGAGACAGCUAUACACCAAGCAUCUCUCUCAGUCCAGUCUCUUGCUAAAUAAUCUUUUGGAAAUCUGGGACAGUCUUCCAGCCAAGGUGCAGAAAGCUCUGCAAGAAACCAUUCGUUCAUUUAAAGUUACAAAUGAAGAGCUGACUGGGAAAAGUGUUGCAAAUUCACAAGAAGUACAAGUCUGCAACACUGCAUGCAAUAAUCUUCUGCAGAAGCUGAAAGGUGGUGGCUUCCCAUGGUUACGCCUGUUACUCGUGCUCACAAUUUUUGCAGCAGGCUUUGUGGUGCAUGACAUCCGAACACAUGGAUCCUUCAAUGCGUCCUCGUCUGCUCAUGUCUUGCAGCAAUCUGGAAUUAUGUCUGUGUCUCAGCAGGCUUGGAUUAAAAUAUCUCAUUAUUCCAAGCAGGGAUACAGCUGGAUAGAAACAAAUACUCCUUAUUAUUACUCUGAGGCUGUAACAAUGUUUGGACCAAGCCUUGAGCUGGUUUGGAGGAGGCUGUUUGAAAUAAUGAUGUAUACAAAGGAUACGUUAUCAAAUCAUGUUGCAUGGAUUGUUGAAAAUCUACCCAGAUUUACUGAAUGGAUUCGUUCUAGUCUCCCAGAUGUAAUGUUGCAAUUUGUAGAAUAUGCCAAGGAGUUGCUUCUCUUUGUACUUCAGAAUUACAUAUUUCCAGCUUUAGAAUAUAUCAAAAUGGUAAUAAAAGAAUGGUGGAAGCAACUUGUUAGUUCUUGCGAGGGUGAAAUCAGUUGGGACUGUGUGAAAACUCAUUUUAUGAACAUAAUACAUUUAACAUGGAGUUAUCUACAGAACACAACAACUACAAUCAAAAACUGGACCUCCUCCAUGAUCUCCAAUCAUUAAACAACAAGCAUAUUCCAAGCUUUUUUGAAAGCAACAGCGUUGCAUUGGAUAAUUCUUGAAGACUUAACCUUCCUGUUGUGGAGAGAUUUGAAAACUGAUUGAACUAAAAAUACAAAUGCCACUAAUUUUCUGUUUAUAACAAUUUUUACUUAAUUCAGUGCAUGUGUUUUGUACCCAAUUUUUUUCAAACUCAAAUGUUAACUGUCUUCUAAAACAAACUUGUUGCACGUUGUAACUUUGGAUAAGAACUCAAUUUAAAGCUGCAAUGUUCAAAAAUGUGUAUUGUGCGAUAACACAGCUGUUUAUUCUCUCUGCAAUAAUUAGACUUCUGAUUUCAACUGUUUAAAAUUACAGUAUUUUAAAAACCAAUGCCAUACGAACCAGGAAUGUUCAAUUUAAGUAACUGCAAUAGUUGAUGGCUAACUUUGUGUCGCUGUAGCUUGAUUUACUAUAGAAGUAAAUUACUGUUGAAGCCGUUUGUUCUGCACGAUAUCGAGGUUUAUGGAAGAAUGUGUGGUAAUGUUAUCAAAUCUAGCUUUUCAUUUAAACGGUACUCAUCAACUUUUGGCUAUGCAGACACUUGAAAAGGGUUGCUUUAUCGAUCGGUGACUUUUUUUAAAUUUGUCAACCGUUCUCUAGGUAACGUAACAUCUAAUUUCGGGUUGCUUCUAUUCAUGAACAUCAAACAUGGAUACAUUGCCCAAAAUCAGCAUUUUCGAAUUUCUAUAAAUUUGGUUAAUAUCAGAUAUACAUCAUCCUAUCAAAUGGCCUAAAACUCAGUUGUGUUAGCAUAACUAGGAUCAGUUAAAGUAUGGUUUAAAGGCAUUAAUUUUACACCACUACUAAAUGCUUCUGUAAUUUCCCCAGUCAGAGGUGUUUUGAAGCAAAUUCCCUUCUCUACAGUACUUCAUUUGCACCUGUUAUUGGUCUGUUAAUCCAGUGUAAUGUAUGCAAAUGAUGUAAUGGAUAACUGUCUGAAAUGAGGAUUGUGAUUUCCCUCAGAGUGAAAUCAUUGCUGUUAUUCCUAUUCUUACCUAAUCCUUCACACCCAGUCCUUGCAGAACAGCAUGUAGGUUUUGUAAUGCAUUAAUGUACACUAUUGCAAGGCAUUGUACUAGCAUAUGCAACAUCUCCAUUUGGUCUUAACUUUGGGUAAUGACAGUUCUUUUGUAUGAUCAAAUUAUUUUGGUUAAUAUGUCCAGGUCACAUCUCAUUAUGUUAAGGGUUUCUAAAAUUAUAGCUGAUGCACUACAGCUGAAAUACUGAAGACUAUGUUUAAGUUAACUUUGCAUUAAGUUAUGUUAUUGCGAUUCAGUUUUUGGCAAUCAUUUGCCCAGUGAUAUCAUUAGUGUUAGUAUUGGUAACCACAUAUCAAGUUAUUUCAAGCAUUAUUUUAGGUCUGCUUGAUUUGGCUUCAGUACUUCAAUCUACCCAGUUCUUCUUGCAUGGAAGUUUGUAUAGCUGAAAGGAACUGCUCCUACUGCCACUGAUUUUUUUUUUUCUUUUUUUUUGAGGUUGUUCAGUUGGUCAGUCUUUGUUCACACACCUAGCAAAUAUUUCUGUCACAUGUGCAGCACAUUGAAACAUUACAUGUACUAUAUUUAAUCUUAACUUGCAUGUUUUCUUCAAAGAAGCAGUUGGCCAUAAUACUUGGUUUUUAAAAUCCAUUUCACAAGGAAACCAAAAUGAUCUGGGGAUAAUUGUAGAUGUGUUUAUGGGUCAGUCGUUUUCCAAUAAGAACUACAACUAACAUUCAUCUAAAUGAUGCUCAUAAUUUUACUACAUUAAUGAAAGUAAAGACUAUUUAUUAAAUAUAACCUAAAUUUUGUAUUCAAUUAAUUUGGAAUUUGAAUGUAGUAUGUUUCACUUUUAAUGUAACUUGUGUUUAAGUUGGCAGUUAUAUAAAAAUAAGGUGGUUUCCUGUCAUUGAUCAUCUUGGUGCUCUCAUCACUUUUGGAUGGACAAGGAGAGAAAAAUAUUUAUAGCAAUUUCAUUUGCUUCAGUACCUGGCCCACUUAAUUGACAUUUUAUGAUUUGAUUAAAUAAUUUCCUUGUUCAUUGACUAAUUUAUUCAAGGGUAAUUUUAACACCAAUUAUAUAUGUACAUAUUGAUUGUGACCCAACUGGUGGAUGAAAUUGUAUUUGGCCAACAUACAUGUUUUGAAGCAGAAUUAAUGUGUAUUGUCUCAAAUGUAAAUUUAAAUCAUGAACUUAUUUCUGGUGGAAAAAAAUAAAGAUACCGUACAUCUUA